AUGUUGCCUUUCAAGACUGUAUUUUCCGCUGUUUUCUUGGCUGUAGGAGGCUUCCUCUUCGGCUAUGAUAGCGGUAUCAUUACCUCCACGAUCUCGCUACCCACAUUCCAAGAGUACUUCACCAAUCCCAGCGACACCGUCACGGGUGGUAUUGUUUCAGCAUUCCAAGGAGGCGCCAUUCUCGGUACAAUGGUGAACAUGGUCUGCGCGGACUGGUUAGGUCGAAAAUGGACAAUCCUGGCGGGUUCUGUUAUCUCCUGUCUAGGCUGUGCCUUACAGGCUGGUGCCGUGAACAUGGCGAUGCUUAUUGUUGGCCGCUUCAUUGCUGGAAUGGCCGUGGGAAUGCUCACAGCUACGAUCCCCAUGUACGCUGCUGAGUUGUCUGAGCCAAAAUGGCGUGCCACCCUUUCCGGGUUGCUUCAAUGGAUGUUGAGCUGGGGGUUUCUUGUUGCCCAGUGGCUUGGAUACGGUUGUUCCUUUGCCUCUACGGAAUUUUCAUGGAGAUUCCCGCUCGCCUUUCAGAACAUACCCGGUCUGAUUCUAAUUGCCGGCAUUUGGUUUCUCGAUGAGUCGCCACGUUGGCUGAUGGAGAAGGAUAGAUAUGAAGAGGCCAAGACAGUCCUUACACGGCUGCGAGGUAAUGCCUCUCCUGGGCUAGUCGAGCUGGAAUUCUGCGAGAUCCGAGACGUCAUCGACGCCGACCGUGCUGCUGGCAAUACCUCUUGGAGGACCAUCGUGACGAAACCAUCCUGGCGUCGUCGAUUGAUUCUUGGGUGUGGUGUACAGGCAUUUGGACCUCUCUCCGGCAUCAACGUGAUUAAUUAUUACGGUCCCCGAAUUUAUGAGAUCCUGGGGAUCGACAAUCAGACUUCGCUCAUGAUCAUCGGGAUCAGUGGCGCGCUUGCCAUUGUGUAUUGCACCAUCUGUCUAUACCUCGUGGACAAGGUUGGACGUGUUAAGCCGCUGAUUGUGUCUGCUGCGUUUCUCGCCGCGUCUCUGCUCGUCAACGCCGUCCAAGCCCAAUACAUGGAUGCCAAUAACCCACACCAGCUGCGGUCCAUGGUCGCCAUGAAUUUCGUAUUUAGUCUCUUCUACACUCCUUUGGGUAUCAUUUCUUGGGUUUACCCGGCUGAAAUCUUCCCCGUUGAAGUGCGCGCGCUGGGGAAUGCCCUUACCACCUUCACCAACUGGACGGUCAACUUAAUCUUCGCACAGUUCACUCCCGUCGCGCUGUCCUCAGUGGGCUUCAAGUACUUUUACCUGUUCUUCGCGCUGAAUCUCAUCGCGAUGACCUGCUACUACUUCUUCUAUCCCGAGACGAAAGGGCGCACUCUGGAGCAGAUCGAUGAACUGUUCGGUGACCAGCUCGUACCGCACGCUCUGGAAGAUCCUGUUGGCGCACAGGCAGCCAUGGAAAAGGAGGCACAGGUGGCCCAUGUAGAGAAUGAGGGGCAGAAAUGA